UAAGAUUGUCUUUGGCUCGAAGAUAGGACAAACAUUUUUCGUGAAAGAAAUCAAUUUAAGUUAAUAGCUGGCCGUUAAUGGAACUUUAAGUAAAAACGUGAGACACAGAAUUCAAAGGAUAUUGAAAUAUUGGAGUUUCUCUCUUAAACAAUGAAGUUUUUGAUAAUUUUAUGGACAACAGUCCUUGCCACCACACUUGUACAAACACAAAGUUUAGAUCCGCCGGACUGUUCAUCAUUUGACCAUUUCCCAAUAUACACCAAUAAUCCCAUAAACUGUCGUGCGUAUUGGCUUUGUGAGUACGCAGAAGCUGAUCCAUUUCUGGACUACUGUCCUGAUGGAUAUAAUUUCAACGAGGAAAAGCAAUUGUGUGACACACCUUAUGAUUUUCCAUGUGUGGAUCCUGAAGAUCCUGUUCCAACAGAUCCUGACACCGAGCUACCUACAACUGAAGAAACUACAACUGAAGCAACAACAACUGUUCGACCACCACCGCCGCGAGACGUUUGCGAAGGUGUACCAAAUGGUCGUCUAAUUAAUGAUCCAACCUUGUGCCGAGCAUUCUUCGAGUGUCAAAAUGAAGUAGCCUUACCCAGACAGUGUGAUGUCGGUUUAAAUUUCAACGAAGAAUUGCAAAUAUGUGAUCGUCCCUCGUUUUCGCCAUGCACAAAUGAUGACUUUGAAUGCCCCUUCUUUGGCAUUUCAAGGUGGGAAGUACCCGGUAGUUGCAACGAAUAUAAUUACUGUUUCGCAGGACAACAUCGAGUUCAAACAUGCGCUGAAGGAUUACUGUUUGACUCUGCUAUUUCUCUAUGUUCACUGGAAGAGAACGUAGAAUGUGAGCGAGAUCUUUGCCCAAUCACAAAUGAUAUUGACAACAUCGUUACCUAUCCGUCUGAAAACGACUGUGAACAAUACUACAAGUGCUACGAUAAUAAUCGAGAAUUGCAAUUCUGUGCACCAGGUACACAUUGGAAUCAAGAGAAUCAAAGAUGUAUGAGGCCCGAGGAUGCUAACUGUGAAUUGGCCACAGAAGCCCCAACAGAUCCUCCAACAGAAGAAACAUCAGAACCGCCAACAGAUCCACCAACAGAACCUCCAACGACGGAGCCACCAUUCGAAAUUGAGUGUGAGCCGGCCGAGGAACCAUUCCUAUUGCCGCAUCCAUUCGUUUGCCAGAAUUAUUUCCUUUGUGUGAAUACGGUGGCGUAUGAACGACAAUGCCUUGACGGACUACUAUUCGAUGCAUUACUGCUGGGUUGCAAUCUCCCUGACGUUGCAACAUGUGCCGAUGGUUCGACGCGUCGAAUCACUAAACGAAGAAAAUAUUUCAUGGAUCAUGUUGCCAGACGUUUUUAAUCGGGAAAUAUCCUGAAGUUGUCGAUGAAUGUGGUGAAAUUUAUCCGGUUUGACAAUAAAUUUUUUUGUUACUUGAA